AUAUGAACUCGCUUGCUGAAAUUUCUGCCGGUUUUCAUGUAAGAAUCUACCGGUCAAAAGAUCCUAGAUGGUGAUGGUUUUUUUUUUUUUUUUUUAAUGCCUACCAAGGUGCUGUGCAAUCUUCCAAGUAACAAUUGCUUGGCAAUUGCAGAACAACUUCCAAUGACUUUUCUCCUAUUAAUUUUCUAAGCAACUCAACAAGAAUUCAAGCCACAGAGAGCAUUAUAAACGAAAUGAACUUGCAAGAUUACAUCUGAAGCUGUAUAAGAAAUGAUCUCCAUGAAUAGACAGGAAGUUCAAAACUCACGCACCAAACCAGCAGAGAUGAUAGGCAAUGAAGACGAUAUUCUCAUUAAUGGAAGCUCAAAAUUUCCCUCUGCCCUCUUCUUGCGGGUGCCGCCUUCUUCGAACAAGCCUAAAUACCACUUCCUUUCACUAGAUGGAAAUCCAGUUCGUGAUCCAAUCAGAUCUCUCACUUUCGCUGAUGACUCUGCAGGCAUCAGUAUUUUACAAUCUUGCAAUGGCUUGUUGUUGUGCCGCAGCAACCGCCGUACUGGAGAAUAUAAUCGGAACUACUACAUUUACAAUCCCACAACCAACAAAUACACUAUCCUUCCCCAGCCGGGCAACAGAAUUCCAAACACUAUUUUUUGUGUUAUUUUGGCUUUUGAUCCCUCGAGAUCGAGCUAUUACAAAGUUGUUUUUGUUCGGAGCUCAAGGUCAUCUCCUUAUCUUUACCAGUUGGAGAUAUACUCAUCUGAAACUCAACUUUGGAGUUUCUCUAGUGAAAUUCCCAAGGUUAAUUACAGUCGAUGGGCCUAUUGUUGUGGUGCCAUUUAUUGGAUGAGUUACUCUAGGAAUUUCCUAUGUUUUGAAGUUGAUCAAGAGAGAUUUCGAGAAAUCCCAAUGCCUGAAAUUCCUGAUGAUUGGGGCCAACAGCCCAUUUGCAGAUACUUUAGAGAGCUUGGAGGCCGCCUGCAUCUUAUCUUGACCAAUGGCAGGCACAGUACCCGGCAGUUUGAUGUUUAUGAGAUGGAAAAAGACUUAUCUGGGUGGUUUGUGAAGUACCGAGUCGACCUCAACGCACUUAUAUCGCAACAUCCAGAGAUGACUCGUAGCUACGCUCACCCAUCAGAUUGGGAUUACCAUGCAUUUAGCGUACUAGCUGUUGUUUGUAAAGAAAGUGAAGGGUCAUUCAUGGUGUUGCAUAUACCUGGUAAGGCCAUCUCCUACAGUUUCAAAGAUAGAACUUGCACAUUGCUCCAUGAUUUUGCUCCUGGUUGCACAGACAUCGAGGGAUGUACAACGUUCGAAGGUAAGGAUGUGUAUCCCUACAUCGGAACUUUCGCCCGAGUAGGAAGUUGGCCUUUAGCAAAUGUAGGAUAGAUUAUAGGUUGUUCAAGCUUCUAGUAGACCAGCUAGCUGGAGGUCUGUCUUUUCUUCUGUCAAUUUUGACUGUUUCUUUUUUCUGAUAUAAGAACUAAAUUAUAAACGAAAACAUGGCUAAUUCAUGGCUGGUUGUACGUAUGCUCGCUCAAUUAUCUUCAACAAUGCAAGGGUUUUACGCAUCA